CGCGACCGGAUUGGAGAGAUGCGAUUAUGUAUAACAUUCAACGUCUGACUGCGUUCAAGCAAGAGGGCCUAGACAUAAAAGUGUACGAUCUGGAAGCGCAUAGGAUAUUCCUCUGAGCGGGGAGAUGGGUGUCGUUGUUGUUGUUGUUGUUGAACAUCGUGCAGUCAACUCUGGUCUAGGUCCUGGUGUGGUUCGGACGUUAGUCAAUCAUCUGAGGGUGUCAACAAAUGUUGUGGUACACCGAGGAUAAAUGGUGAAUGACGAGUUUCCGUGGCAGGGAUGAAUGUUCAUGGGAUCACGCUAACUCUUAUGCUACAAAGUUAGCUACAGUCUCAUAUGCACGUCUGUCGCAUGAUAUCCAAAUACCCCUUUUCAUCUCCCACUAUGGACGACAUCAAGCUCUACUUGAAGCCUCGCCCGGCCCACCCCAAGUUUGGCGACCGUCCAUGGAUGCUAUUAAAUCCAGAUUUCCCAUACGGCCCUUUCUGCUCAGCAUGGGGAACAAUUCCUUCUGACGCAACCGAAGUUUAUACAAUCCACUCACAUUCCUUAACUGCCGCUCUCACCAAGCUCGAAGAAAUUCUCCCAAAACUACGCAAGUCAAAUACAGAGAUCUCACGUAUCCAGGCGUCUGCUCCUACAAGCCCUUUCCAUGCCAUCUUUUGGGACGGUUUUCGGAACGUCGCACCGGCUCAGGUUUUUCUCGCCGAUUGCCAGUACCAGACCGUCAAGCUUGUGUAUGGCGACAAGACACCCCCUAAACCUGCCCGCUACCGCAAUAAUCCUGAGCAUGCCCCCGAGUUUUGGAAGCUCAUGGAAGAUGCCAUAUUUCCGCUGCGUCAAGAUGUCGAGCUCAUCGAGCUUGAUCUUCAGCGGCUCCUAUGGACGAGCAUUCUUCUUCUGCUGACGCAAAAUAUUAAGCCACUCUCACAGUUGCUGGAAGAGGUUGUGGAUCACAUUGAAGGUACGCAUAGUUUUUCUUUUCUGUCUUGUUUUGACAUUUUUCAUAGGGAUUACAUGGGGAUCCAUGAUCACGGGCGUCCAAGAAUAUAUAUCCGGUCUCUGGGUGAGGGACAAGCGCCAGUCCCCCCAAGUUCGAGUCUCAGCCUCCACCAGUAGCGAGUCGACAGCCAGUACGAGCACGACGUCUUCGGCGUCUGACAAUCAAGAGCAUUCAGCAACGAACAGUGUGGUCUUAUCUCCGAGUGGUCGAUCUACAAAG